AUGUCAGCUGCAGAUGGUGGUGCAGCUGCACUGCUUAUCGCAGGACUUGGUACCGGUGGUACCGACGUGAUGUAUGAGGAUGAUCUGACAGAUAAUACUAUACCGGAUAUACAGAAGAUAACAAAGAAAAACAACAUUUUGCCAUUGUGGGGCAAUACGCAAACAAUGAAUUUAAACGCUUUGGUAUUGGAGAAUAUUAUCCAGUGCACAUAUUACAAAAACUAUCUUUCGGAAACCACAGGAUUUCAACAACUUACAGAAGAAAUCUAUUACAGCGUGAAGCAUCUGGAACCAUGGGAACGUGGUACAAGAAAGACACAAGGAAUGACCGGCAUGUGCGGCGGGGUACGAGGUGUUGGCGCUGGUGGAGUGGUGAGUACAGCAUUUUGUCUUCUUUAUAAGCUUUUUACGAUUCGACUGUCCAGAAAACAGCUGGUUAGUAUGAUUAAUAACAGCGAUUCACCUUAUAUACGAGGCAUCGGUUUUAUGUAUAUCCGAUUUUGUCAACCACCGCAAGACUUGUGGGCUUGGAUGGAACCUUAUUUAGAUGAUGAAGAACAAAUCGAUCCACGUUCUGGUGGUGGUGAUGUGAUGGCAAUGGCGCAAGUUGUAAAGAUGAUGCUAACGAAACUGGACUGGUAUGGUACACUGUUUCCUCGAAUCCCUGUUCCAAUUCAGAAAGAAAUUGAAUUAAAAUUUCGAGAAAAAGCAAAAUUAGAUUAUCAACGAGAACAUGGAGAUCGAGAAGCUGAUCAUGAUAGACAUCGAAGUCGAAGUCGAUCACGAGACCGUUUGCGAGAGAGAUCAAAGGAGCGGGAUAGAGAAAGAGAUAGAGAAAAGUCUCGUGAACGUGACAGGGAGAGAGAGAGGGACAGAACUAGAGGACGAUCACGAGAAAACGACCGAGCUCGAGAAAGGAGACGGGAUUCCAGGGGUAGAUCAAGAGAAAAGUCUAGCACAAGAUCCAGUCAUACGAGUGAUAAGAAGCGGAAGCAUGGUGGUCAUCGAUAUAAGUGCAAACAUCAUUUGCGGCACCACCAUUGUCGAAGACAUAAAGAACAUUGUCCAACAAAGGCGAAAAAGUGA